CAUCAUAAAGGAAACAACAGACCGAACCUCAGCACUGCAGGGUCAGAGCGUCUUCAUUCACAGAACCAGAACCAACAACAGAACAACAAAACACGACCUCAGCGGAGUCAUGCUGCUCCUAACCCUGCUCUUCAUCUCUACAGGUAAGAACACAAACUGAAUAUUAUCAUAAAACACCUGACUGUUUGACUGACUGUUUCUGACUGUUUCUGUUCACAUGAGGAGAAAAACAAACUGCGUCUCAACACGGAAGCUGCUCCGGAGCUAACGCGGACUUUAGACGUUAAAAACACAGCUAAACUAAACCACAACACUUUAAUUUGUCGUUUGAGUUCAUGUAAAACACGUUAACUUUUCACGUUAUAUCGCCGUUUUUUCGUGACUGUUCGUCUUUGACGUUAUUUUCGGCCUCGCGCGGCUCGGCUAACGUUAGCCGCUAAAGCUAGUUUGUUAGCUAAAUAACGACCUCAGAGUUAGUUUGACUUUAUCCGGAUAAAAUAGCCCGGAGAAAGAAAGAAAGAAAGAAAGAAAGAGGUUUUAGUUUAGGAGAAAUUCAACAACAUGACUGUAAAAACCGAGCAGAUAAAUAACCAAAUACUCUAAUAGAUCAGUCACAGGAUGUUCUGUUUACUUUUUAAAAUCAAACUAGUGUCCCAAAUCGCAUACUUCCACACUAAAAACUUCACAUUUAGAGUAUACUCAUGUCCAAAAUGGAAAAAAAGUGUGGAUAGUUUGUCUUAGUUUAUAAAUAUUUUAUCUUUAGUCACCGUGUUUGAAAUAAUUAAUAUGUAAAUAGGGUAUCUUCAGUUUUCUUGCUCAAAUUUUUUUUUUUUAUGUAAAUAGUUUAUUUUUCUGUUAUGCAAAUAAAUGUUAAGACAUAAAGCAAAUUGCAUCGUAUGCGAUUUAGGACAGCACUGCACCCUCCAAACUCACGCACCUUGAGAUUGAGUACAUAGUAUGCUCAGUAUACUCAAUUUGAAAAAUGUAAGUAUUUAGUAUGGAAGUAUGCGAUUUGUCAGAAUAACGUAAAAAAUAUAUGUUUGUUUGUUUUUCAAAUCGGUAAAAUCCACAUUUAGGCUCCAGAAAGUCUUUAACAUGGUGACAGGAGAGGGAUUUUACUUUUUUUUUUUUUUUCUUGGGGUGCUUCAACUUUUACAAGGUGGCAUAAAAAUGUAUGUGCAUGUGCGCUGAUAAUUACCGUAUUCACCCUAAUAUACGUAAUUUUUUAAUUAAACAGAUCUGAAAAAAGAGGGAUUGGCUUGAAUUGAGGGUUUACCUUAUCAGUAAAGAGGAUGAACUCCUUCAUGUCAGUGUCUGUAGGUGCCAACAGCAUGAAGGAUGGAGUACGGUGGCUGAGAGCUGCCACUGCUGCAAAUUAGAAAAAAGAAAAAAAAAGGCACAACAGAAGUUACCGAUGUGAAACAAACAUUAAAAAAAAAACAGAAGCCCGCUGCAAAUAAAAAAAGAAAUGGUGCAGAUAAAAAAAAAAAAAGCCACAACAGAAGUUUUUUUUAUUUGCAUUCUUAAUUUUUUUUUUUUUUUCCAUAGCCACUUUUUUUUUUUUUUCAUUUCGUUAACUUCCGUUGUGGCUUUUUAAAAAAUUUUUUUAUCUGCACUGUUUCUUUUUUAUUUGCAGCAGUCUUCGGUUUCCUUUUGUUCUGCAUCGGUAACUUCCGUUGUGGUUUCUUCUUUAUUUGCCUUCUUUUUUUAUUUGCAGCAGUGGCGGUUCUCGGCCACCGUAACGGAGGGACGUAAUGACUGUAGUAAAGUGGCAUAAAAGUGGGACAAGUUAACCAACAACUGAGCUGAAACAGGAUCACAGUGUUUGUCUCUGAAGAAAAAAAGUCCAUGCAGAAGAUAUUUAAAAAAAACUGUCAAACAUCCUUAAAAACAUUGUUGAAAAAAGUGACGUCUGAAGAUCAUGAGAGCAUGAAUCUGACUUUGGAUUAAUACUGUAAAGUGUAAUUUUUUCAGUUUCUCUCAACCUGUUAGAGAUGAUUUCAGAGGUUAUAAUAUUAAACAGCGACUCCCUUCAUGUGUAAAAUAAUUAUUAACAUAAAAACAAACUGAACAGAGAGGAAAUGUCAAAAUUAGGAGCAAACUCCUGCAGUCCGUCUGUUUUAGUGUCAGGUGUUUUCUCAGUUUGCCUGCAGGUACUGUUGGACCUUCAACCUCACCUUUUGUGCCUUUUCUCUUAAUUAAAGGAACAUUUUAAAGCAAAGAAAUCUGAUUGAAACAGCAGAUUUAGACUGAAAUCCCAUCUCCGACGAAUAUGUUUAUCAUACUUUUAUUUACACAGGACUUUUGAAAGCAAGUUAUUUUACACUCUACAUAAAAACAAAAGGUCAGCUGCUGUUAUAAAAACCUGUAAAACCAUAAACUCAGUAAAAAGCAGGUUUAAAAUGUUGUUUUGAAAGUUGAUUUAAAGAUGAUGGCGUGGUUUUGAUUUCAGAUGUGUCAAAGAAAAUCUGCAGAGUUAAUGAACUCAGAGUGUGUGACUGUUUUUACUUUACUUCAGUAUUUGCUUUGGUUUGGCGGUGCUUUUUUUACCCUCUGUUCUGGUUUUUAGGGGAAGUCCAGAAACUCAUUUGUUUUCAGUUUUGGUUCCUCCUGAUUGAACUGACUGACUUUGCCAUGUCCUCUCUUUCUUCCUCCUAAACUCUGCGUCGUUAGGUUACUUAUCUUUAUGUUCAGACAAAUCUGGGUCAGCGACACCAAAGCCAGUGUUGCAACAAACGUUUGCAUAACGUCCUCUAUAAGUCUAGUUAUAGCAGAGUAAAGCCUUAAAUACAUGCUGCUGUUGUCUUGACCUGGUGUUACAUUAGAAAUAGAAACACAGCUGAUCCAGCGAGCUCUGGGCUCUGUCUGAUAAUAUUGGCUCCUUCGGCUCUUGCAUACACACUUGUGUGUUUAGUGCUUAUCUGCAGUCUGACCUUUGGUUGGAAAAAUAAGUUUUUGUCAUAUUUUCUCCGGCUCACAUUCUCGCCUGUGUUUUCUGCAGACCUGUUCAUGACAUUCUCUGAGUCAGUGACUCGCUCUCAUUGUUCAGGUCGUGUUGUAGUUAAAUAUUCUUUCUGCUUAUCUCUCUUUAUCGGCUGAAACUCCUGUGUAAGUUUCUAAACUGGAACUGUUCCCCCGCAAGUCGCUCAUGGUGUCCAACAAUGUAGUGUGUUUCCUAUUUCGAGCCUGAUGCGUUCCAUGUGUCAUGUGACGGUGAUUCACUCUCGCUAUAAUGACUUUUCUGUCUCAGAAUAAUCUUCACAGGAAGUGAGAAUAAUGUGAAAGUCUUUAGAUGUCCCGGCCUUGACGCUGACUUCCCAUAAACCCGCUCUCUGCCCGGUGAUCAGCUUGUUUUUCCUGCUGUAGGCGCUUACAUAAAGCUUAUUAAACAUGUAACAUACAUUUCCUGCUGCCUCGCCGUCUCUCUUUGGUGGUUUUAAAGUGUUUAUUGCUCUGCAGAGAUUUUCCUGCGUUGGUACAGUCUGUCCUCUUGAAAACAGCUUGUUAUUUUGUCUGACUGCUCAUGUGACUCUGGUGGGAGUGGGAGAGAGAGCGCGGUGACUGUGCUGGUUUGACUGAUGAGCAGGAGGGGGUCUCUCUCUCUCUCUCUCUCUCUCUGUCUCUCUCUCUCUCUCUCUGUCUGUCUCUCUGUCUCUGUCUCUCUCUCUCUCUCUGUGUAACCGGGGGAUCUGAAAGUUGCCAGAGCAGCUUUUUCUUUAUCAGCUGAAGUGACUUGAAAUCCUCCAUGUAAACUGAUCUGUUUGGAGCUGCUGAGGUCUGACGCUGCUUCAUCAUGACGAGGGUUUAGUGUCACAUUUACAGAGUCCUCAACAGUUUUGGACAUUUGUGUUGUCGGUCAGUAAGCACCAGUGUGGAGCUGUCUGUCAGCGGUCUGUAGGUCAGGAGGACUGAGAGAAAACAUGGAGGGACAACAGGCGACAUGGCUGUCUGUGUCCUCUGCUGUCAGUUUCUCUGUAGAGGACAUGAACCCACUAAGACCUGAACCCUGUCUGAGACUCUGAAAUCCUGAGAAGGGCCCCCAGAUCCUGAGGUUGAAUUCUGUUUACAUCUGCUACAGAGGCUGAAAUAUCAGCUUUUCAUAAACAAAUAUUUGAGAGCUCACAGGUGUGACUUUCAAGAUAACUGUCUUUUAUUUUUCUGAACCUUCAUCACAUUAUUGAAAACCUUGAACAAACAAACUCUAAUGAAAUAAAGUGGCUGUAUAAAUAAAAGUAAAGACUCUGGAGAAAAACAAACUGUUUACUUUCUGUAAAACAAGUCAAAGUCAUGAUAAAGUGUCCGUUCAGCUCAAAUAUAAAUAUAAAAAAUAAAGUAUUGAAAGAGUAAACAGCUGCCCUAGUAUAGUGCCAGGACAAAAGCAGAACUAAAAACUAAAGAAGUGUCUGACAGUCUGUUCAUGUCUGUGUUCACCCACAGUCACAGAAAAUGCCGAUAGUGUGAGACAAAGACCUCAACAUGAAGAGGUUGUUCACACUGAUGGAUGUUUCUCCUCUGAAGCUGCUCUCUGCCCCGUAGUAAGAUCCCAGCAUGAAUCUGAUCACUUUAUUAAUCUUUAACCUAUCAGAGGCAGACAGGUAUGAUGGUUUGAUUCACCAUGACUUAAAAACUACAGAGUGUCAAAAAAUAACAUAUCGGCGCUCCCGGCUUGGAGGUUUGAGAUGCGAACAUGCUGUUCCGGUUUAAACAGGUGAAAGAUUUUGUGUGAGAAACAGCAGCCUGUCAACAACAGCAUCUGAUAUCGAUUUAUGCGACGUGGUCCAAUUCCAUAUCUCAUUUAAAAAUAUAUCAAUAUAUUUUUAUAUCGAUAGAUCGCCCGGUCCUACACGGCACGCCUGUGUCUGAAGGACUGCUGCGUGCGGCGGCUCUUCUCAGCAGCAUCACUGUGAGCUUUUCCAGAGUGCGGCGAUCAAACACACUAACCGUCAGACGUUUUACCGCGGUUUAUCAUUUUACAGGCAGUCGUUACAUCCCUACAUGUGACCAAAAGACCUAAACUGAUUUCAAAUAUUAGCACCAAUAUAGCGACCAAUAAGACAAACAUUAUUGAUCAGUUUUCAUUGAUCCCCUAAAUUUCUUUGUAUGCUCAUUACUUUUUCAACUUAGGAGAACAUGUGAACAAAGUUUCUUUUCUUUCAGCAGAUGUUUCUCCUUUUUUAAAGAUGUGGUGAUAAAAAGUAUUAAAGAAUAGACAACCUAAACACAAACUAGUCCAGAUUUAAACUCGUUCUGAUUGAGCAGAGAUGCAGAUCUGAAAGUCGUCUGUCGUCCUGCAGGUUCUGGAGGAACAAAGUCAAGAAAAAGAUGAAGCUCUAGACUCUGAGGUUUUUUCUCUGUGUCACAUUUUUCCUGUGAAAUAAGGAACUGUGAGGUCUGAGCCUUUUACUCUCCUUUACAUAACCACAAACUCACAGAGAGAGUUUCAGCUCAUAUAUGAGACCUUCAGUGCAAAGUUUAGGGUGAUGUGGUCAAUGUCAAAUCAAGGUCAUACAGACGCAGAGUCCUACCAUCAGCAGAACCUCUGAACUCUUCGUUCAGCUGACCCGCUCCGCUGUUUUUAGAGUUUAAAGAAGUAACUCAGCAGAAGAGUCACAGGGUUGAAAGUGACUCUGUUUCAACUUCCUCCUGCUGCGAGUCAAAGUUUGAGGAAGUAUUUCAGUUAUGAAGUCCAUCAUCUUCGAUCACCUGACACAUCAGAUUACUUCAACAAAGGUGUGACACAGCCGGAGCGUGUUCUCCGGGUUAAACUUGUCACAUGACCACGAGAGUUUGAAAAAGUUUAAAUAAAGAAACAGAAGAACCCGAAUAUUUACUGGAGAGUAAAAACUGUCGCAGGAAUAAGUUCUUCUGCUUCUUCUGUCUGAAAUAAAGAUUUCUUUAAAUUUCCGCUCUUUGUUUUGCAGCUGUAGCGACCCCCCUGCUCGGCACUGAGCAGUGUGCCCGCGGCCCCCCCUACUGGUGCAAGAAUGUAAAGACGGCGAGUCAGUGUGGAGCUGUGGCCCACUGCACACAAAACGUGUGGAACCAACCUCAGAUGGUGAGAAUGUUUAAUGUGAAUCAUAUCUGUUUAUGUUUCGGAUCCAUUGUGUUGAACUGCCCAGGACUAGCCUCCAGGUGUUAGACACAUCCUCCUCUGUUUAAGCUCCUCCAGGUGUUAGACACAUCCCCCUCUGUUUAAGCUCCUCCAGGUGUUAAACAUAUCCCCCUCUGUUUAAGUUCAUCCAGGUAUUAGAUAUAUCCGCCUCUGUUUAAGCUCCUCCAGGUGUUAAACAUAUCCCCCUCUGUUUAAGUUCAUCCAGGUAUUAGAUAUAUCCCCCUCUGUUUAAGCUCCUCCAGGUGUUAAACAUAUCCCCCUGUUUAAGUUCCUCCAGGUGUUAGACAUAUCCCCCUCUGUUUAAGUUCCUCCAGGUAUUAGACAUAUCCCCUGCUUAAACAGCUGUUUAGGCUUCUCCAGGUGGUAGACAUAUCCCAAUAUUAAAUAGCUCUGUUGAAGUUCCUCCAGGUGUUAGACAUAUCCCCCUUCUUAAACUGCUUUGUUAAGGUUUCUCCAGAUGUUAGACAUAUUCCCCUCUUUAAUGGCUCUGUUUGAGCUUCUCCAGGUGUUAGACAUAUCCCUCUCUUAAACUGCUCUGUUAAAGUUUCUCCAGAUGUUAGACAUAUCCCCUGCUUAAACAGCUGUUUAGGCUUCUCCAGGUGGUAGACAUAUCCCAAUAUUGAAUAGCUCUGUUGAGGUUCUCCAGGUGUUAGACAUAUCCCUCUCUUAAACUGCUCUGUUAAAGUUUCUCCAGAUGUUAGACAUAUUCCCCUCUUUAAUGGCUCUGUUUGAGCUUCUCCAGGUGUUAGACAUAUCCCUCUCUUAAACUGCUCUGUUAAAGUUUCUCCAGAUGUUAGACGUCUUUUUUCAUGUUUUCAGAACAUCUCUGUCCACUCCAGCAUGGCUCUGCACUAAGUUUUUAUUUCUACGUCUUUUUUCAUGUUUUCAGAAAUCCGUUCCCUGUGAUUUGUGCAAAGAGGUGAUGAUUGUUGUGUCACAGAUCCUGAAGGACAACGCCACCGAGGUGAGAUGAAGAAGAAAACGGCGCCGUCUUUAAUAAAUGAAAGAUAAUAGAUAAAGAUGAUAAAUGAAAGUAAACUCCUGUGGUUUCAGAGUGAGAUCCUGGGGUACCUGGAGAAAGCCUGUCAGCUGAUCCCUGAUCAGAGUCUGACAGCCGAGUGUAAGGAGAUGGUGGACAGCUACUAUCCCAUCAUCAUCGGGAUCAUCACCGGAGAACUGGUGAGAGUUCUGAGCCGGUCCAUUCAGGUCUGGACCUGCUCUGAGUAAAGGGGGGUUAACAUCGGGGGUGGUUGUGAUGGCGUCACAGCUGACUGAAAAAGCUGUCAACAAGUUUAUCGUGGGUUUGAUUUAAUGGUUCAGUUUAUGACGAAGCUUCGUCUAAGACUCUGAAGUCGGAGGUCCAUCUGAGAGGAAAAAGGGGAACAAGAGUCUGAGAGCGAAGAGCAGCGAGCUGAAUCAGGACUAUUGAUGGGGAAGUGAGUCCAAGUCUGGGUGGGAACAGAGUCCUCAUUGUGUAACGCUGAUCCUCAUGACUGGGAGGAGUGGGCGGACUGGGCGGGGUUUUCUUUGUUUCAACACUCACCUGCUUCUGCAACAAGGAGACGCUUCUGUCGGAUCCUUUUGGAUCAGAACCGUUUAUUUUGUUCUCUGAUUUCACUCUUGAUUCUUGUGUCACUGCAUAGCAACAGUCUGUUAUUUCACCAUAACAGACUGUUGCUAUGCAGUGAAGUUCAGUCCGUUAACAGGAACAUCCAUCAUAUCCCAUCAUAUAUUAUAUCGUAUAAAAAGCUGGCUUUCUUUUUUUUUUUUUUUUUUUUUUAAACAGCACUGUUUCUUUUUUUGUUUGCAUCCUUUUAAUUUUCGCAGUAAGUAACUUUUUUUUAUUUCCAUCGCCACUUUUUUUUUUUUUGCGUCGUUAACUUCCCUGGUGGCCUUUUUUUUUAAAUUUAUACCUGUACCGUUUCUUUUUUCAUUUGCAGCAGUUCCUUUUUUUUGGCAUCGGUAACUUCUGUUGUGCCUUUUUUUUUUUUUUAAUUUAUUUAUUUUUAUCAGCACCAUUUCUUUUUUUUGUUUGCAGUGGGCUUCGGUUCCUCUUUUGUGUAUCAUUAACUUCCAUUGUGGCUUUUUUUUUUUUUUUUUUUUUUUUUUUUAAUCAGCACCAUUUCCUUUUAUUAUUUGCAUCAUCAGUUUUUGAACACAUAGAGAAAAAAAAAUCACAUUUCCUGUUUUGAACCUGAUCUGCUCUCUGUCACAGAUUUAGAUGUUAUUUUUUAGAGAGGCAGAAACUCCUAAGUGAGUCUUUAAACGUGUUUUUAUGGAGCUAACUGAAAGUCUCCGUGUUUUUAGGAGGACCCCGCCGUGGUGUGUGGAGCCAUCGGCCUGUGUCAGUCUCAGCAGGCCGCCCUGGCGAAGGUUCACGCCAAGGAGCAGCUCAUGUCCAAUGAGAUCCCUCAGGUGGACCUCUCCCAGAGAGUCGCCCCUUUCCUCCUGAACGUACCCGGACUCCUCUAUCCUCAGGAGAGCGUCAAGGAGGACACAAAAGUAGAGACCCCAAAAGUAGAGACCCCGAAGCAGGUACACGGUUUACCCACCCUCCCUCAGCUGUUUCCAGGGAAACCUCACCCUCAUUUUGCCCUCACUUUUGCCUUACAGGGGAAUGGCGACGUGUGCCAGGACUGCAUCACGUUCCUGACUGACGCUCAGGAGGAGGCCAAGGCCAACUCCUCGUUCGUCGACACUCUGAUCGCAAACAUCGAGAGUCAGUGUGACCUGCUGGGACAAGGCCUGGCUGAAAUGGUUCGAGACGUUUUUUUAAACUUCGUAAUUUUUCACGUUUUAUCGGAAAGUUCAUCUCACUUAACCGCUCUUCUUCACCGCAGUGUAAGGAGUACAUCAGCGAGUACGGCGCUGUGGUUGUGCAGCAGCUCAUGUCCAUGGUGAGUCCUCGAACCCUCCUCAUCUUCACUAAAGUACAGCCUGAACUUUGAUUCUAAUUGGUCAGAAAGAGAUCGAUUAAUUAGUCCGAUGAUUUGUGUGUUUUGUGUAGCGCUAAGCUCGUGCCCAGUCUUGCAGUGACCCUCGCCUGCUGACUUCGAUUUAUUCAAACCUUUUAAAGCUUUUUUCUGUUUUUUAUUUUUUUAACUCUAUCAUCUUUUUUUUAACUCUUAAUUUUGCCUGUGUGAUUUUCCUCCCCUUCAUUCAUUUUGUCUCGCUCUGUUUUCUCCUGCUCUGGGUUUUGUGUGCCGCUCCCCAGGAACAGGUAGGUCUUUCUGUGUUCAUCCUGUAGCCGUUUAACCCUUUAGCUCUCGCUUUGUAUGUCGUCUACUCCUAACGCUACUGACCUCAGACCGCAGAGACCUUUUAGUGGAACUUAACCCCGAAUUUCCACCGCAUCCGGAACGGCUCCGAUCAAGAACAGCUGCGAUUUUCGUCGUCCGCCAAUUUCCUACUGGAUCCGUUUGUGAGACUAAUAUCGUGGCGGAUUACUGACAGCGGGAAUCUCGAUAAAGACAGCGACAUAGACAUAUAAGCAGUAGAUUGUGUCCUUCCAGAGGAGGAAAUCUACUUCUAGACUCAUCCAUGGUGUCAUCGGGGUGAAAUGACGUCUAAAAACCUUUCACUUGUUCGUCAAUCGUGUUUUAUUUUGAAAAGAAGCCGGAUGUUUUAUUUUGUGUCUGUGCCCGACUUCCUUUCCAGCACGGGUUAAUCUGUGCUGAAUUUAUCCGCCAUGCUCCGGCGUCCAGAAAAAAUAGAACUCUUGUGAUCAGCUGAGGAGUCCGGCGAUCCGCAGAGGAACGGAAAGAAGUCGGUGUAAAUCGACACGUUAACUUGAAUGGUUACGAUCAGCUACGAUCGGAGGAUACGACCUUUUAGGAGACCAUCAGGAUGAAGGUGGAAGUUGGGGGUAACACUCUUUUGGAAAGGACAACUGGACUUGAGGCGAAAACGUCCCAAGUAAGUCCAACUGUCCUUUCAACGAAGAAUUGGAAAUCAUAGAUGCUGCAUCCUCGGUUUCAGACAAUAUCUCCAGGUUUAGAAGCAACAUCUAGGUCCAUCCAGACUUAGAAUUUUUCAGGAAAGACCUUUAGAUGAUUCCAAACUACAUUCUGACAGUUGAAAUGUGGAAUGUAGAACUCUUGUGAUCAGCUGUGAAAUCCGGCGAUCCGCAGAGGAACGGAAAGAAGCUGGUGUAAACUGACACAUUAACUUGAAUGUUUACGAUCGGCAGAUACGACCUUUUAGUAGACGAUCAGGAUGCAGUGGAAAUUGGGGGUAAAGACUCUGCGGUGAAGGACCACACAAAGAUCCUGUCCUGUUCCUCGGCGUAGAAAAAGCAUCUUCAGAUUUGGAGGAUGUUUGGAUCUUGUGACUGAGUUUGCUCCGGUUUUAUACUAACCUGAAAGUGAAGGCAGCACCUUUAUUUUGUUUUAUCCGGCUGCUUUUGAACACCGGCUGAUCUUGUUUGGCGCCCCACAGUCACAGCUGGAGACACUAUGUGUGUGUGUGUGUGUGUGUGUGUGUGUGUUCUCGUGUCAGACUUGUGCGUUUUAAACGGGUGGUUCUGCCGUGGAAUGAUACCAAGCAUGCGGUGUUUGCUAACAGCAUGCGAUGAUCAAAGACCCGUAAAGAGAGCUGACGGUGUUUCCUGAAUCCAACUGUUCGUUUCUCUCCUCAGCAACCCAAAGAAAUCUGCGCCCACGCCGGUUUCUGCGCCGAGAUGAAGAAGAAGUCCGUCCCCAUGAUGACGCUGAUGGCCGCCAAGAUGGUUCCUGCUGCCAAAUCUGUACCUGCCGUGAAGCUGAUCCCCGCCACGAAGGUGGAGGCCGCCACUGACAAGUCUGCUAAGGUACGGCGCCUCACGGUUCACUCCCCUUACUUAUGAUGAACACGUUAGACGUCAGCUGACGGGCGCCGUUUUCUGUUUUCCAGCGCAUGGUGCGAGUCCGGGAGUCCCCGAAGUGCUCCAUCUGCGAGUUUGUGAUGAAGGAGCUGGAGGACAUGCUGAAGGAUGAGGCAACCGAGGUGAGGAGAGAGCGAGGACAUGACUCCAGAGCGCCCCCUCUGUCUGUAAUUAAACUGAAGCUGUGACUGAACUCCGCCCCCUGUGUCUGUGUUUUCAGGAGGAGGUCAUUCAGGCCGUGGAGAAGGUCUGCACGGUUCUGCCCUCCACUCUGAGCGCCCAGUGUAAGGACCUGAUCGAGACCUACGGCUCAGCCAUCAUCGAGCUUCUGGUCCAGCAGGCCGACCCCAAGACCGUCUGCACGGUGCUGGGACUGUGCAACGAUCCCAGCCGCGCCUUCGUCGGUAAGUUCACGCUCUCCACAGUGGAAGCAAACGCAGCUGAGGGCGCAAAAGUCACAGCAGUGGCGUUUUGGAGUCAUUGAGGUCCCUCAGAAGAAGUUUUCCUGAAUGCAUCACUUCGCUCACCUCGUCGGUUUCUUCCCUCUUUCUCUCCAGUUGCUCUCGACCAGACUCGCUUCGACGCCGGCGGUUACUGCCAAGUGUGUAAGAUGGCCGUCGAGUACAUUGAUGGAAUCCUGGAGAAGAACGCCACAGAGGCGCAGAUCGAGGAGGCCGUGAGGAAAGCCUGCAGCUUCCUGCCUGAUGCUUUCCGGACCGAGGUGAGUCACUGCAUCUUUAACCCUUUCUCUUCCUCCUCAUGUCCGAGCCUCAAACUGACCCUCCGUGUUUUUGUGCGCCGACAGUGCGACCAAAUGGUGGAGCAGUACGAGCCGAUGCUCAUCCAGCUGCUGCUGCAGAUGCUGGAACCCGACUUUGUGUGCAUGGUAACCCAGACGUGUUUAUGAUGAUUGACUGUGGAGUAACUUUGACGGUUAAGAAGUGAAGAAGUCGUUUCUGAGAUGAUUGUUUGUUUAACAGAAACUGGGCGCCUGUCCUGAGGCCGUGCAAAGGCUGCUGGGAACAGAGCAGUGCAGCUGGGGACCCGCCUUCUGGUGCAAGAACAUGGAGACGGCGACUCGGUGCAAUGUGAGUAGACGCCACAAAUGCAUCAGGGUUUACUGUACUGAAUCAGACCGGACCGUCAAGGCGAGAAUAUACAGGAUGUGGAUUUGGAGCGUAACGGCAGCGGCGUCUCGUAUCACACAGCAAAGCAGACGGGACGCGUUUCAGCGGCGAGUCGAUUUUUGCUGCUCUACGCUUCCAACACGUGUCAGUCUACACAGAGAAGCUGGAUUAGAUUCAUUGUCUUAUUUGAUAAAUGAUGAUCAGACGUUCUUUUAAACAGACUCAGGUUUUUUUUAUUUACCUCGCUGACAUGUUCCGACGUGCUGACAGAAGUCUUCCUCAGAGCGUCACGUGGUGGUUGUGUGACGCGUCUUUAAAACAGCUGAUGUUUCCGAAGGCGUGACCUUUCUGUCAGUUUGACAGAUCGGUCACGCCUUCAGCUGCCCGCUCGCCCCCUGCAAUAUGGCGCUCCAGGUGUGGGAUAGCAUAUACGACUUCUGUCAGCCUGGUCACACGGACGCGUCACACAACCGUCACAUGACGCUAUGAGGAAGACUGCUGUCAGCACGUCAGAACAUGUCUGUAUAAAAGUCAAGCAUGAAAACCGUGCACAUCAUCUGGUAUUUCAAAAUAAAAGCAUAAAGGAACAGAGUUAACUUUAUUAAACACGAGUAAACCUGCAAAAACCCAAACUGUAAAAUCACUUAAAGCUUUUUCACAGACAGUAGAGGCUCAACGGUCACUGGAUUAUAUCUAAAUCAUCAGGAAAUCGACCACAGAAAGGAAAAACAACCUGUUGUGAUCAUGUACUACGCUGCUGCUACGCUCCAAAUGCGCUGAUCCUGUAUGAGAUAACCAACACUGCUCUACGCGCUCAAUACGGAUCCUGUCUGUCUUCAGCUUUAGAUUCUUGAGCCGUUUUCGGAGGAUUCGUGGUUCUGGAUGAUUCUCCUUAAAUGUUCUUGAUCUCGUCUCUAACCCGCCGCUCUUCUUCUCUUUCAGGCCGUGGCUCACUGCAAACGUCACGUGUGGGUAUAGAGGAGGAGGAGGCAGACGAGCACAAACUGACCUGUAGGGAAUUAAAAGACAAAAUUAGUGCUGCUUCCCACUUUUAAUUUGUGUCCUGUUUUUCUUUUUAAUGGACUUACAUGACUGCAGUUUGUGUAAAUUAACUCGGAUAUUGUGAAUGAAGUCAUGGUGGAAAGGGACUUGUUUUGUUUUCCCAGCGGGUGGGUGGGGGAGGGGUGUUGGUGUUGGUGGUGGAGGGCUCUGAAAGAAGUGAUUGUGUACAGCAGCUCAGCCCGUCUCUGCUUCAGUCGGGCUUUGCAGAUAUUUGCCUCUUUUGGGUUGGUUGUGGUGUUUGUUAUAACUCAGAGAUUCACGUGUUGUUUAAUGUCGACUCGGUAUCAGACGGUCUCGGUUCUGAAGGAUCGCCCCCCCCACCUCUGCUGUAUUUGACUCCUGACUGCUAACGGGGCGGAAGAGCGGGCGUGUUCAUGACGGGCUUUUCUUUUAGCAGUCUCUGAUCCUUUCACAAAUCUCUAUUUUGUAGACAAACGUGUGUGUUUAUGUUGUUUUUAAGGAGUGUUCAUGGAGGUGAGUGGGUUAGUCGGUUAGUGGGAGUGAACCUCUGAAUCUCCUCCAUCGUUUGCACUCUUCUACUGUUUGUAAAUCACUGCCUUUCUAAUCUACAGAAAGCAUCUCCACUUUGAUUGUUUGCUUCGAAGCCUGAGCCAGCUGUCAGUUGAUCUGAAAAUUUUUAACAAUAAAAGUGAUCCCAAUCCAGUCGGCUUCACUCUCUUUGUUUUUACACACCGGACAAACUGCAGAUAUCACCCCGUGUUUGUAUGAAUUUGUCCGUCUGAGCUCUAUCUUAAAAUUACAGCUGCAUUCAUUAAAUAAAAUACAUUGUCAGUUCUUA